AAACAAACGAUAAUACCGGACUUGAGACUCUUUGGCCUGGGGUACAUCUGACUCUCUGCAGAGUCCCGGCAGAUGAUAAAAGAAGAUCGUACAUACCAUCACAAAGAAGUCACAGCAGUGCCUCCACUUUCUUAGAAGUCUGAGAAGAUACGCGCGUCAUCUAAAAUUUUAUAGAUGCAUGGUGGAGGGUAUAACAACCGGUUGCGUCACAGCUUGGUAUGGAAACUCCAAUACCCUUGAAUGGAAAAGCCUACAAAAAGUAAUGGAUACAGACCAAUGCACCCUAAGUAAAGCCCUCCACACCACUGCACACAUCUACAAGGGACAGCAUUGCAGGAAAGGACCACCCCCCCCCCCCAACCACCAUCAGGCUACGUUCUCUUCUCACUGCUGCCAUUAGAAAGGAGGUACAGGAGCCUGAGGACCCACACAGUUAUUACACCUCAACUAUCAGGCCGUUGAACCAGAGGGGAUAACUUCACUCGCCCCCAACACUGAACUGAUCCCAUAACCCAUGGACUCACUUUCAAGGACUCUUCAUCUCAUGUUCUCGAUAUUUAUUGCUUAUUUCUAUUAUGUAUUUGCUCAGGUUGUUGGCUUUUCCACGUUGGUUGUUUGUCUAUCCUUGCAUUGUGUGUUUUUCAUUGAUUCUGUUGUUUCUUUGUAGUUACUGUGAAUGCAUGCAAGAUCGCAGGCAUUUAUUUAUAUAUAUGACCUAUAUGCACUCUGAUAAUAAACAUGCUUUGAAUUUUAAAACCAACUUUCCAUCUACCAAUCAAUCAAUUUGAUCAAUUUCUACCAAUCAAUCAAAUUGAUCAAUCAAUUUGCAUGGUACUAUUUAAAGAAGCUUGAUAUUAAUCCCCCAGCCAAGAGUUUUAAAUGAUAAUAAAACGUUAAUUGGAUCAAUGCGCUUUUGUCAGAUUGUUGCUGACACCAGGCGUGUGAAACAUGACACUGGCCAAAUGACUCAACCUUGAAUACCUACAUUCCACAAGUGAAACUCUCAGGACCGAAAUCCAUCGGCAUUUGACUAUCUGUAUCUUGCAGAGGGUGGUGAAUGCCUGGAAUGCUCUACCCUACUUGUGGAGACUGACUUCAUCUUAUUUUUAGAUGCUGCACGCUGCCUCCUGAUACCCGAGACUCCAGCAGCACAGAGCAGCUCAAUAACCCUGUCUCGGAGGCUGUGACGAUGGGACAAAGCACCGAACAUGUGGUGCAGGAGGCCUACGUAAUGUCGCAGGACUACAUCAGGUACGUGACUGGUAGGGCGUCAAAGGCAGCUCCCAGUGUGACGGCAGCCACCCUGAGGCAUGCAGGCGACGACCUCCUGGUGAAAUACCCCAUCUUCUUCAAGCGAUGGCCCCGGGUUUUCAGGGACGUUAGCUCCGACGACGCCUGCGACUACUUAUUCAGGAUUCUGGACGAGCAUUUUCAACCAGAGAAACCCUGGCAGAAGAAAGAGCUGACUUGGAGUGGUAUCCUUUCUAUUUAUGUGCUGGCAGGGCAGCUGGCUAUACACUGUCAAAAGAAUGGCAUGGAGUCAGUGCUGGAGGAGCUGGAACUCAGAGUUGGAAAGUACGUGGAGAGUAACGUAUGCCCAAGCAUUAGAGAAAGAGGAGGAUGGUCUGGUUUCGUGGAGCGCUACGCCGAGAAGGAAGAGCCAGAAAACAUGGUGAUUCGCGUAUGCUGUGGAAUGUUACUCCUGUUGGCCACCAUGUCCCUCACUUACUACAUUUACAGGAGGUUGUGAGGGAAUUGGCUGCAGAUCAUUUUACACACACAGAGUGGAUCACCUGAAGCCCAGGCUCUACACAUGAUUCCAUGGACCAGAUCAUCAGAUUAACCAUGUGUGCCUUGGGCAAGUCUUCUCUCUCUGCAUCUUUCACAAAUACUUCAGCAAAAAUAAUGGCAUGUAAUAACCCAAAUUAAAUUAUAUGAACGAUUAAAUUAUGUGCUUUGUCCUGAGGGCAAAUUUGUGUGAAUUGACAAUUAACCUCUCCUCCUCAACAGCAUAUUCAGAUAAUAAAUGCAGUGGCCACUUUAUUCGGCACUCCCAUUUGUUAAUGCAAAUAUAUAUUCAGCCAACCACGGGGCAGCAACUUAAUAAUGUACAUAAAAGCACGCCAGCAUGGUCAAGAGGUUCAGUUGUUGUUCAGACCAAACAUCGGAAUGAGGGAAGAAAUGUAAUCCAAAUGACUUGAACUGUAGAAUGACUGUUGGCGCCAAACAGGGCGGUUUGAGUAUCUCAGAAAUCGCUGAUAUCCUGGAAUCUUCAUGCACAACAACUUCUAGAGUUUAUAGAGAACGGUGCAAAAACAUUUAAAAAAAAUCCAGUGAGCAGCAGUUCUGUGGAUGAAAACACCUCGUUAAUGAGGGAGGUCAGAGGAGAAUGGCUGGACUGGUUCACGCUGUCAGGAAGGCGACAGCAACUCAAACAGGCAACAGUUGUGUGCAGAAGAGCAUCUCCAAACACACAACACGUUAAACGUUGAAGUGGGAUGGGUUACAGCAGCAGAAGAACACGAACAUACACUCAGCGGCCACUUUAUUAGGUACAGGAGAUGCCCAAUAAAGUGACCACUGAGCGUAGACUGGUUUAUAGCAUAUGGCAGGAUUAUCUAAAUUAUUUAAUUGGGACAAGGUUUCAUUACGGGCCAGUUCACAUAAAAACCUGGCUGAAUUGAUCCAUGUAAGUGGCCGGCUGGUGGCGCAGUGACAUCAGCCGGACUGCGGAGCGAAGGUUCCCGAGUUCGAAUCCAGUCGGGCCGCUCUCGGACACACAUCCCAUCCGUGCAGGGUUGAAGUCGGCUCUCGUUGUGAGAAGGACGUGGGGAAUCACUCACAGAAUCUUUCCUUCAAGACAACCACUUGAAAACAAAAGUGGUCGUGGCACACCAAAAAAAAACACCUCUCACAGCCCUUAAAACCUAACACUCUCUGGAAAGUAUGUUUAUUACCAUCAGACAGAGCAAGAGCAGG